CAGGAAAUGCUUUUGUCUGGCGCGAAGGCGAAGCUCUCCAAAUUUCAUCUUUGUUGUUCUUGAAGAUAUUAGGGUAUACAUCUCUUGCAUCACUAUGGGCACUGAGUGUAAACUAGCUUUUAAGGUCGGCCAACAGGCAGAGGCCAAGUCAUUUCUUUCGGGUUAUCGUGGAGCGUGGUUCCGAUGCAAGAUAAUGGAUACUGGCUGGAGAAAAGGGCAGCUGAGCUAUGCCUUGGAUUUUUUUGACUUCCCAGAUGAAAAAACAACCUGGACAAAAUUGUAUCAGAAGCCCUCAACUGAUAAAUCUAAUUCUCGAGAGAGGAAAUUGGAACUAGUGGUGCGACCUUCCUUUCCUCCUAUCUAUCGAGAAAGUCAAAUACCUGAUGCCAGUGCACUCUCAGGAGUGGUAGUAAUCAUUGCCAAUGUUUGGAAGGUGGGAGAUUUGGUUGAUUGGUGGACUGAUGGCUGUUAUUGGUCAGCAAGGAUAACUCGUGUACUAGGGAAUGAUAAGGUCCAGGUAGAGUUGCCAAAACCCCCGCUUGGUGAAGGAAAAACUUAUGAAGCUUUCUGCAAAGACUUGCGUCCAUCAUUGAAUUGGUCUCCAGAACAGGGAUGGACAGUCCCUGUUUCUACGGAUAAGGGAACCUGUUGUUGUGCUCGUUUGAUUCAACCUGUGAAUCAGGAUAAAAGCAGAAAAGGUGGCUGUGCUACUGGCGAAGGGCCUUCAUCUGAAACUAUUGCUCCUGUUUCUUCACAUAGUUCUGCUUGCUCAUUGCCUGUUCCAGAUAGAUCCGAGCAGCCUCCAGAACAGGAAACAACUGAGCAACCUUCUUCUGGUGAAGUAGAUGAAGAGGGACAGAGCCCACAUACAGGUACAGAAUUGGGUUUGGGGGAUAGUAGCAUGGGGAAAGCUAAUGGCACAUGUAGUGUUUCAAGUUCAUCCGAUAAAGGUGCUUCAGAUGUGGUAGCAAGAACCACAGGGAGGAAAGAUCGAUAUGGUUAUGGAGAGUCCUCAAAGAAAAUGAGAAUCAGUGAAAAUGAGUGUUUGAAUUCGAUGUGUUCUGACACAAUUGAAUCUGCUAUUUUGGAUUUGGAAGAACUUGCAAACAGGAUUAAAUGGCUUAAAGGAGUUCUACAGUUGGGUUUUCCGUUGUCUAAUGCAAUGAGGCCUCCAUGGAAAUUUUUGGAAAACCGAGCGUCAUUUACACAGAGAUGACUGCUUAAACAAUAAAAGUUUCUGUAUAUUUGGAGUCUUCAUUGCAGUAUACAAUUGGUAGAAGAGUAGUCAGAUCAAAUGUGUAAAUUGACUCUAUUUUGCUGCUAGUUCAUAGCAGAUAUCUCGGCCUCUACUUUUUAAAGGUAUUGGUUUGCAUGCUUUUUGAGGUUAUAGGUUAGGUUGAUCGUGAAGCUUGUGGGUAUUUCUGUGUCUCAGUAACUUGUACAGGUUCACUCUGACAGGAGGAGUUGAAUGCAGCAUUCAGCAAUGACUUUGCUUUCAACCAUAGAGGUUACGAGCUUGGUUUAUUAUCAGAAAGAAUUGUUUGAGGUCUAAAGUGUGAGCUAUUUUUGUAAAUGGGAUACAAUUAUGGCCUCCAACAGUGAUACUUCUAUAUUUAGUUGUUUUCUUGAAGAAUCAACAAGCUUCCUCUAUGUGAACACUUUUUUUUUUUUUUUAUCUCAGCAUGCUGUAAAAAGUGAAUUAGGUUGGUCAUUUCUUUUGUAGUUGUAUCUACUAUCUAGAUUAAAAUACCAUAGUGACUGGGAACGCCCCUAACCCCCCCCCCCCCAAAAAGAAAAAGAAAAAGAAAAAGAAAGAAGGGAAGAUGUGCCUGGGUACUUUUUUUUUUUUUGUUUAUUGGAAUGAAAUGUGUUAAUGAAGCUGAACUAAACAUAUUACAAAUUUCGUUUAAAUAUUGUGUGUAGCUUAUUUUUUAUUUUCUUGCUUUGACAUUAAGAUCAUGAGCAUGUAAUAUCAAGUGUCUGUUCCCCUUGUUAAUAAUUACAGACCCAUAAGGUU